AUGACGGAAGCUGCUGUUGCUGUACAGACAUAUGGUCGUAAAAAAACCGCGACCGCUGUUGCUCAUUGCAAACGUGGCAAAGGCCUUAUUAAAAUUAACGGAUCACCAAUCCAUUUAGUCGAACCAGAAAUUUUAAGAUCCAAGGUUUACGAACCUAUAUUACUUUUGGGACAAGAUCGAUUCGCUAAUGUAGAUAUCAGAGUUCGAGUAAAGGGUGGUGGACAUACAUCCCAGGUUUACGCUAUCCGUCAAGCGAUCGCUAAAGCUAUCGUUGCUUUCUAUCAAAAGUAUGUAGAUGAAGCACAGAAAAAGGAAAUCAAAGAUAUUCUCAUUCAUUAUGAUAGAUCUUUGUUGGUUGCUGAUCCUCGCCGGUGUGAGCCAAAGAAAUUUGGAGGUCCAGGUGCCCGUGCACGUGUCCUCAUUCCUUUAAACCUUAUUAAACUUAUUCCAAACAAGCAAGGAAUAAAGAACAUCAAAUUAACAUUUAUUAAAAAUAGAUCCGCUGUUUUCUUCACGGAACGUCAUUUUGCGCGUUUUUCUGAGCCGUCGUUACUUUAUGACAAGAUAAAACCUUCAGAAUAUCUUAGACAGAACGAUCCGUCAAAUUUAAAUCCAGCGAGACUUGUCUCGAAUAUUAUAAGCUUAUUAACUUUAAAAAGAAUAAAGGGACACGAUCGUAAUUAUUUAUUGAACGCGAAUAGGCCGUUCUUAACAUAUUUUUCUACUUUGGUUUCAAAGAAAACAGUUAAAAAAAUGGAUGAAAAACUAGCUUCUGCAGAGAUAGUUAAUGCUGCUAUAAUUAAUGCAACUGAUCAAGGUUCUUCACUGAGUUUUAGUCCAGUUACGCCGGUUCCUCACGUUAAAGGAGCAGAUUUAGAAAAUAAUAAACUCGAUUCGUUUCGUAGCUUUGUAGCUUCAAUAAUUGCCAAAUUUUCUGGGAAAUCAGCCGAUGAUAUUUUAGGGAUAUUAGAAGUUCCCAAAAAACCGGAAUUUGGCGAUAUUGCUAUCGCCAUCCCUAGAUUGCAAGGACCUUACUUAAAUUUUAAGAUCAACAAAUUACUCCUUGCUAAUAUUCUUCUUGAUGAUAUAUAUAAACGAAAAGAAAAUUACGGAAAUAAUCAAUCAGGAAUUGGUAAAACAGCACUUGUAGAGUUUAGCAGUCCCAAUAUCGCGAAACCAUUCCAUGCUGGUCAUUUGCGCAGUACGAUCAUUGGCAACUUUGUCAAAAAUGUACAUGACGCAAAUGGCUGGAAAACAAUUGGUAUGAAUUAUCUUGGAGAUUGGGGUAAACAAUAUGGUCUUUUAGCUGUUGGUUUUGAAAAAUAUGGCUCUGAGGAGGAAUUGAUUAAGGACCCUAUUAAAUAUUUAUAUAAUAUAUACGUGAAUAUUAAUAAAGAAAUUGAAAAGGAUGAAACAAUUAAUGAACAUGCUCGUGCUUAUUUUAAAAAAAUGGAAGAAGGCGAUGAAGCGGCACUUGCAUUAUGGAAAAAGUUUAGAGAUCUGAGUAUUGAGAAAUAUAAGGAGAUAUAUGCUCGUCUUAACAUCAAUUUCGAUGUUUACUCUGGGGAAUCUCAAAUUAGCAAUGAAAAUAUGAAUCGUGCUUUGGAAGUACUAAAGGAUAAACACAUCAUAAAGGAAUCUGAGGGAGCAUUAAUUAUUGAUUUGAAUCAAUAUAAAAUGGAUGUUGUUGUAGUACAAAAGAAUGAUGGCACCACAUUAUAUAUUACUAGAGAUAUUGGGGCUGCUAUUGAAAGAUAUGAGAAGUAUAAAUUUGAUGCAAUGUAUUACAUUGUUGCUUCUCAGCAGGAUUUACACUUAAAACAGCUCUUUAAAGUAUUGGAAUUAAUGGGCAUGGAGUGGGUAGAUCGAUGUAAACAUAUCAGUUUUGGUAUGGUUAAUGGGAUGAGCACUCGUAAAGGAACUGCGGUUUUCUUGGAUGAUAUCUUAGAACAAACCAAAGAAUCGAUGCAUGAAGUAAUGAGGCAGAAUGAAAAAAAAUAUUCACAAAUCGACAAUCCUGAUCAAGUAGCGGAUAUAAUUGGUAUUUCCGCUGUAAUGAUUCAGGAUAUGUCUGCUAAAAGAAUUCGUAAUUACGCUUUCAAUUGGAAUCGCAUGUUUUCCUUUGAGGGGGAUACUGGACCUUAUCUUCAAUAUGCUCACGCUCGUCUUUGUUCAAUUGAGCGAAACUGUGGAUUUGAAAUUAAUCCCAAUAUUGAUAUUAGUCUUCUUUCAGUAAAACCGGCAUUGGAUCUUAUUGAUAUAAUUGCACAAUAUCCUGAUUUCGUCAAAGCGGCGUUACACACAUUAGAGCCUUGUACGAUUGUAACAUAUGCAAUGAAGCUAAGUCACACUGUAUCCGUGGUUUUAGAAACUUUGUGGGUUGUUGGACAAGAACGUAAAGUAGCAGAAGCUAGAUUAUUAAUGUAUUGGGCUAGUCGAAUAACGCUUGGAAACGCCCUUAAAUUAUUGGGAUUAAAACCUUUAGAGAGAAUGUAA